AAGACCUCUCUCAUCACCAGGUUUAUGUAUGACAGUUUUGACAAUACUUAUCAGGCCACCAUUGGCAUUGAUUUCCUGUCCAAAACCAUGUACCUGGAGGACCGCACGGUUCGGCUGCAGCUCUGGGACACGGCCGGCCAGGAGCGGUUCCGCAGCCUCAUCCCCAGCUACAUCCGGGACUCCACCAUCGCCGUGGUGGUCUAUGACAUCACAAACUUGAAUUCUUUCCAGCAAACCUCCAAGUGGAUCGACGACGUUCGGACGGAGAGGGGAAGCGAUGUCAUCAUCAUGUUGGUGGGGAACAAAACUGACCUGGCAGACAAGAGGCAAAUCACUACAGAAGAAGGUGAACAGAGAGCCAAAGAGCUGAAUGUGAUGUUCAUUGAGACCAGUGCAAAGACUGGAUACAAUGUGAAACAGCUUUUCCGCCGUGUGGCUGCUGCCUUACCUGGGAUGGACAGCACACCAGAGAAGAGCAAAGAAGACAUGAUUGACAUCAAACUAGAGAAACCUCCCGAGCAGCCAGUCACGGAGAGCGGGUGCUCCUGCUAACAGCCCCCAUCUGGAGCAGCACCCUCCCUGCAGAACACCCCUGCUCAUUGGCUAGGCAACCCUCCUCUGGGGGCUGACAAACCAGCCUGCUAAGCCAGCCAACUCCCUGGUUCCUGGUGGGGAG